AUGGGAAAAGAUCUGCCGAAAAACUACAACGAGGCCAAAGCCAUAACCUUCUGCCUCCUGCUGCUGAUCCUCACAUGGAUCAUCUUUGCCACCGUGUACAUUCUUUAUCGUGGCAAGUACAUCCAAAUACUGAACGCCCUGGCUGUACUCUCCAGUCUCUACUCCUUUCUGUUGUGUCAACCUUUAAUUCUGUCAAAUUAUCGGAGGUUUCAGCUGAUGAGAUUCGCUGUAGAGCAGAUCAAUAACUCCACCAGCCUACUGCCUAAUGUAUCUCUCGGCUAUGACAUAUUUGACCACUGCUCAGAUACGCAGAGUUUCCCAGGAAUUUUGAAACUCAUCUCAGUCAAUGACUUGAUCAAACCUUGGGAUGAAAAUCACAAGAAUCUGUCCAAAGUGAUCGGAGUGAUUGGAGCUUAUACAAGCACGGAGAGUCUGACUGUGGCUCCACUCUUCAUGAUGCAUCUUAUUCCUAUGAUCAGUUAUGGAGCUUCUACUUCUGUCUUAUCAAGAAAACGAGAUUUUCCAUCUUUCUUACGGACGGUGCACCCCAACCAAGACACCUUAGAAGUGAUUGUUCACAUUGUGCGACACUUCGACUGGCGCUGGGUUGCUUUCCUCUACAGUGAUGAUGACUAUGGCAAAGAUGUCCUGGAAUUGUUUAAAGAGAUGAUUCAGGACACUGGGAUCUGCCUGGCAUACUCCAGCGCCCUUAGUUAUGACACACAUUACCCCUCAGUGUUUAGACAGAUAGAGGCACAGAAGAUAAAUGUCAUUAUUGUUAUUGCAAUUGAAUGGCUUGCUGAAGCUGUCAUUGAGUCAGCAAUGGCAUUAAAUGUCACCAACAGGGUGUGGAUAGCAGGGGAUGCGUGGUCCUUAAACAAGAGGCUCCCCAAAGAAAAAGGAAUCAAAAACAUUGGAACUGUACUCGGGAUUUCUGAACAAGCAGUAGCAAUACCUGGUUUCAGUGAUUUUAUCUAUUCUUUUAAAGCCCAGAAUUGCAAAAAUACAGAACAAAAGUUUUUUUGUAGUCAGAAUUGUAACUGUAGUAACGUGAGUGCUGAGGAGAUCCUUGCUGCAGAGCAGUCUUUCUCUUUCACUGUUUAUUCUGCUGUGUAUUCCAUCGCUCAUGCUUUACACAGUGUUUUGCAAUGCAGAGCUGACAGGUGUAACGACAACAUUACAGUCAACCCUGCCAUGGUAAGUACACAGUAA